UGCAGUGCAAAGACCACAAGCAAGAAGACUCCGAAGCCGGGAGUAGAAGUACCAACAUUUAUCCUGGAGCUUAGAGCGAAAAGACAAGCGAGACCACAUCUUUUGGUUCUACGGACUGUCUGCUGGAGCUCCGAUACAAACCAAUUUGUCACUCCGCUAUACGCCAGUUUCUCUGGAUAUAGCAGCUAAACAAAGUUGGUAGUAAACUCUUUGGAGUUUGGUUAGAGUCGCUUUAUUUUUUCUUUGCUUGUGAGAGUGGACUGCACUGAAACUUGGGAUCGACCCGCUCUGGGUCGGGUUUGGACCUGGCGCAUCCUUUCAGCGGUUUCAAACACUGCGAAAGUUUUGGCCAGACCGCAGAUCUGAAGACUUUGAGUCGAGUCAGACUUUGAGAUCAUCUCAGCAGCUGCUGACCCGAGUCCAGAUUCAAGACACCUGGACGACCGGUUAGAGAGCCACUGGCAAGACUGCAAAGAAGAAUUUUCAAGAUCCCUCUCUUAUACAGACAAGACAGACUGUCUGAUGUUCUAAAGCCUACGAAUACAAUUCCUCAGAGGGGUUGCGAAGAUAAGCAAGAGAUCUGUAACAAGUGCAGUAACUUGCAACAAAGAAGUCAAAGAAAAAACCUAGUCAAACUAUUCAACAUCAACAACGUCCUCUACCUAAGCCGACCCAAUGGCACGGUCAGCACUUCCCGGCCCCUGUGUGGCCCUUGUUCUGCUCUUCUUCGGUUUGACAUCCUGCACUCCCUCUGGCCCAGCCUCUGCGACCUGCGCCACCCUGGAACAGAGCCGCUUCUUUGGUGUGUUCUCUUCAACAACCACUCUUCCCUCCACACCAUGUUCCUGGACCCUCCAGAAUCCCGAUCCCCGCCGCUACACUGUCUACAUGAAAAUCACCAAGCCUACUGACUCCUGUGUGCCCCGCCAGAUUAAAACUUUCCAGUUUGACUCCUUUAUUGAGACCUCCCGCACCUACCUGGGCAUGGAGAGCUUCGAUGAGGUUGUCAGGCUGUGUGAUGCUUCAACCACUGUCACCUACUUAGAGUCUAGCAAGCAGUUCCUGCAGAUGCGCAAGGUGGCCCCAAGAAACGGACUGGAGAUUGUGGGAGGAGAGAAUGAUGUUAGCGAGUUCAAGGCUGAGUUUCUGGUCGUGGGGAAGAGGAAUCCAAGCAUGCCUGCCUGCCAGAUGCUGUGCCAGUGGCUGGAGAAGUGCCUGUCAACUAGCACCCAUGAUUAUCCCUGUGGCAUCAUGAACACCCCCUGCCAGUGCUGGGAGGCCCCAAAGAGGAAGCCAGGAAGCUGCUACAGGGGUGGCGUCUAUGUUGAGAAUUGCCUUCCUGUUCCCAAAGACAAUGGACGUGAUGCUGAAAUUAUCAAGGGCUGGGCUGGUUGGGGCCGCUGGUCUGUAUGCAGCCAGGAAUGUGGUGGCGGAGUCCAGGUGCGCAGCCGAACCUGCCAGCCUGAGGAUGAUGUGUGUGAGGGAACAGUUGAAGAAGGCCGUGCUUGCAACCCUCAGCCCUGUAUUGGCAAGGAACGCAAUAGGAGCCAGGGUCUGCGGGCUAUUGUUGGUCUGAAGAGAGACAAUGCUGCUGACUCCAACACAGGAGUUGUUGCAACACAAACAGAUUCUAAAACAGAUGAGUGGUCCACCUGGAGUGCAUGUUCAGUUACCUGUGGGGAGGGCUGGCAGAGCCGUACUCGUCUCUGUGUCACCUCCCCCUUCGCCAACCAGUGCACUGGAUCCCUGCGUGAGAACCGGCCAUGCAAUAACACAGCCGUCUGCCCUGUGGAUGGUGCUUGGGACGAGUGGACCCCCUGGAGCUUGUGCUCAUCCACAUGUGGCCGUGGUUUCCGUGCACGUACCCGCGCUUGCAAGCAGCCCCAGAAUGGAGGAGAGCCUUGCAGUGGCCCUUCAAAACAAACCAAGUUCUGCAACAUUGCUGUCUGUCCAGUGGAUGGAUCUUGGAAUGAGUGGUCUGCCUGGAGCCCAUGCUCUGCCACUUGCUCCAACGGCACCAUGCAGAGAAUAAGGGAGUGCAACGGGCCAUCUUAUGGAGGCUCAGAGUGCCAUGGAAGCUGGAAAGAAUCAGCCAACUGCUUUCCGAGGGAGUGCCCAGUUGAUGGGCGCUGGCAUUCGUGGAGCUCUUGGGGCAGCUGCAGCAAGACUUGUGGUGGAGGCAUCCAGCAGAGACAGAGAGUCUGUGAAGGGCCUUCCUUUGGAGGAGAACCUUGCCCUGGUGAAACUGGAGAGCAGAAGCGCUGCAAUGAGAAGCGAUGCCCUGAGCCCCAUGAGAUCUGCCCUGAGGAGAGCACUGGAGAUGUUGUAUGGAAGAAAACUCCUGCUGGGGACAUGGCUGCCAUUUCCUGCCCUGCCGAUGCCUCAGGUCUGAUUCUGCGCCGCUGCACCCUUGAUGCUGUAGGGCUCGCUUCCUGGGAGAACCCAACUCACAUCCAGUGUGUCUCUAAGAACUAUGAGAACAUUCAAAUGCUGUCAAGGGACUACAUCUCCAAAGCACAGAUGGGGCAGAGUGUGGAUGGUGUUGCUGAGGUGAUUUCACGCCUGAGAUUCUCUUCUGAUGAAGGGGCCAAAUACAGUGGCGACCUCUUGGCUGUCAUGGAGAUCCUGAGGAACACUACUGAACUAUACAAGGGAACCAGGCUGAGACUGAGCAAUGCUGAUGUGGAGAAUUACGUCCAGGCUAUCAGCAACUUACUGAAGGAGGAACAUCGUGACAAAUGGGAGGAGGCACAGCGGAUGGGUGGCACCAUCAAAGAGUUCCUCCGCACAGUUGAAGACUUUGUGAACAUGAUUGGUAUGCAAAUGAGCGGCUUUCAGGACAUUUAUGAAGUCACAGAGAAUUUAGUGUUGAGCAUCCACAAGCGCCCCACAACUACAAGCUCCAACUUCACCUUUCCUGUGAAGGGCUGGAGAGGCAUGCUGGACUGGGUCAGAACCUCUGAGGAGAAGAUCUCUGUGUCCCGUGAUGCUCUCUCUAUCAAACAAUCUGAUGGCAAUGAUGCUUUUGUGACAGGCAUCGUCCUCUACAGAAACCUUGCUUCUAUUAUGUCCUUCCAGAGUAACACUACACUACUCAACUCCAAGGUGGUGACCGUCAUCGUCAAACCCACACCAGCUCUCCUGUCAUCCCCCGUUGAGAUUGAGUUCCCCCACCUGUACAAUGGCACAGUAAAUGAGACAUGCCUUUCAUGGGACGAGAGCGAAUCCUCCUCUCUGCUUGGAUCUUGGUCUGCUCGGAGCUGCAGAGCUGUGCCCGUUCAUUCAUACAGAACCAAAUGCGUGUGUGACAGCCUCUCCACCUUCGCCAUUUUAGCGCGCAUCAACUUCGACUCGAUCAUGGACAAAGCACUGCUCCCAUCCGUGACUCUCAUCGUUGGCUGUGGGGUCUCUUCUCUCACCCUGCUGCUCCUCAUCAUCAUCUAUGUCUCCGUGUGGAAGUACAUUCGCUCAGAGCGCUCUGUUAUCCUCAUCAACUUCUGCCUCUCCAUUAUUUGCUCCAAUGCCCUCAUUCUUGUUGGACAAACUCAGGCUCGCAACAAGGUGGUGUGCACUCUUGUAGCUGCCUUGCUCCACUUCUUUUUCCUCUCCUCUUUCUGCUGGGUGCUGACAGAAGCUUGGCAGUCCUACAUGGCUGUCACUGGUCGUCUACGCAACCGCAUCAUCCGCAAGCGCUUCUUAUGCUUAGGCUGGGGCCUUCCUGCUCUGGUUGUUGCUGUCUCUGUUGGUUUCACAAAAGCUAAGGGAUAUGGCACUGUCAACUACUGCUGGCUGUCUCUUGAGGGUGGACUCCUUUACUCCUUUGUUGGUCCAGCUGCAGCUGUUGUCUUGGUGAAUAUGGUCAUUGGUAUUCUGGUCUUCAACAAGCUUGUAUCCAAGGACGGCAUCACCGAUGUGAAACUAAAGGAGAGAGCUGGAGCAUCACUAUGGAGCUCCUGUGUGGUUCUGCCUCUCUUGGCCCUCACCUGGAUGUCUGCAGUCCUGGCCAUCACAGACCGCCGCUCAGCUCUCUUUCAGAUCCUGUUUGCCGUUUUCGAUUCUCUGGAAGGUUUCAUCAUUGUCAUGGUGCACUGCAUUCUACGCAGAGAGGUUCAAGAGGCUGUAAAGUGCAGAGUAGUUGACCGCAAGGACGAUGGAAAUGGGGACUCUGGCAGUUCCCUUCACAACGGCCACCCUCAGCAUAUGUCUGAUAAUGAAAAGGAUGGAGAUUCAAGCAGACAAGGAAUGAAGAGCUCCUCUGAAGAGAAGAUGCCUCCUCCUCAGCUGCCUCUUCCCAUGGGCUCCAACUUCCACACCCUGCCAUCGAAGAGCAGUCACAUGCAGGCAGUUCCCGAGUACUCCAGCCACACCCUCACCCUGAAAAGAGAGAAAAGCCGCCUGGCAGGAGGAGUCGACCCAUCUUGUGGGAAACCCGUGUACGUCUGUGAGGGAGAGCUUUUCAAGCAACUGGAUGCGGACCUCGCUCAGGUUCAGGCUGAGGGCAGCGUUUCUGAUGGCAGCGGCUACGUUCUAAUGCCCAACACUACCUCCACUCUGAGGUCAAAGCCUAAAGAUGACCCAACAAAAUAUAACAUUGCUGUGGAGCAGCUGCCACAGGCCAGACUCAUGCACCUUGGUGGGCCCUUCGCUGAGCCCCAGGCAGCGUUCGGGAUGAAGUCAAUCCCUCCUGAUCAAGUCAGCAUGUCAUAUUCAGAGAGAGACUCGCCCAUCCAGAAUAUCCACAACAUGUCCAGCGAGUCUCACAUCACCCAUAGCAGCUUGGAAAACACCUUUGAGUCUAUGAACUCCAUGAUGUCCAAGAGUGAGACCAUCUCAACCCUCUCCAUGAGCUCCUUGGAGCGACAGAAGUCUCGUUAUGCAGAGUUGGACUUUGAGAAAAUAAUGCACACCAAGAAACGCCACCAGAACAUGUUUCAGGACCUUAACAGGAAGUUACAUCAUGCUGAGAAGGACAGAGAGUCCCCUGCUUCUGAUAGCAAGUCUGUGAGAUGGAGUGUGUCAUCAGGAGGAAGUGACAAAACGAACCACAGCGACAAACAGCAGGCUCCUAUGGAGAGGCCAUGGGAGGGAGUCCGGGGAAUACCACAGUCACCCCCUGCAUGGGUGCGUAAAGACCUGGAGCCCCUAGCUGCCUCACCUCUGGAGUUGCACUCUGUGGAGUGGGAGAAGACGAGCACCACCAUCCCUCUGGUGGGACAGGACAUUAUUGACCUGCAAACAGAGGUCUGAGGGGGAGGAUGGGGGCAAGCGAAGCCACCUGAUUUCACCUCAGUUACCUUUUUUGGUUUGGGAAAGGAAUCCUUUAUGGAUAGAGUAGAGGAAGCCAAAAAAGGGAGAAAGUGAGAAUGUAGGUCCCAGAAUCAAUGUCUUCAAACCCUCAUCAAGAGCAGAGAAGGAAGAGGGGAGAAAGAGUGGAGGUGAUAGUGAUGGGAUGUUUAAUGUAGCUUCUCUGUGUGGACUCUUAUCAGAGUGCUCUAAAGGUCAGAAGGGUUAGUGGAGCGAUCAGAGGAGUCCAUGGACCAGGACUGUCUGUGGUUCCAUUAAUGCCUCACUGGGAGUUUCCUGAACCUUGCAGCCUGGGUUUCAGAAGAUGUGGUCGACAUGUCUGUGCUUCUUUUUUCCUUCAACUUAACUUUGGAGAAAAAUUAACUAACAUUGAAACAGCGUGGCCUCCCUGUUUCUCGGGGGGCACAGCUGGAAGUCUUGGCAGAGCUUGCAGCCGAGUAACCUUCCAACAAGACAAGGCGAGUGUAAGGGGCCAGUUUCAUGCUCCAAUACUGUGCACUUUGGUAGAUGGGCACACACAUUUUGGCUUUGUGCAGUGAGUUUUUAUUUUUAUUUUUAUUUUCUUUAGCCAGUCUGUGUUUGUUAUUUCUGCUUCACACCUGGAGCCGCCACUCCAGAGCUAGAAAUGAAACUCUGCUGAGAAUUUAGCUCUUCUACUGGAGCCUAAUCAUCCCGAAAGUGUUUUUCACUGUUCUUAUCACCAUGUUUAUUAUGAUUAAUUCAGUGAUUAUUGCGAGUGUUAUGAUUAGCAUUGUUCUUGUCAUUAUUAAUUGUAAAGACUAUAUUUUUUUUUCAUUAUUUUCCUUAAUGAUUGUCGAGCUCAAGAUAUAUUAUUUUUGUACCAUGACCUGCAACAUUAUGCUCUAAAACAAAAGGAUUCAAUGCAUCCAUAAUGUGUUGUGAGCCCAUAUGAACUGCAUCGGGACAAACAUACUGAGUGGUGAUGGAGGUAAUGGUUGAUCAGUCAACAUUUCCUGGUUACAAUACAAAUGACCAGCACCAGGAUGAACACAGACUCUCACAAAGGAAGAGCAGUGCAAUCUGGAAACGCUGGAUGGAAAUGUGAGGAGACGGUCUUUCGCCUACUCCUCUCACCUGGCACAAGAUGCAGGCUCUUCCAUGUCACACAUGUGGAUUCUAUGGGGUCAGUGCAGCCUUUCAUCAUCGCCCUUUUGUUUCUCAGCCUUGCAGGACUCUUGGACUGAGCAGAGCCUCCUGACGCUGAUUUGACUUCCAUUUGCAGCGUCAGGUCCUCAAGACUUCAACACAUUUGUGUUUUCAGCCAUCAGUGUGAAAUAGUGCAAUAUGAUGGGCGCUUGAUGCUCAAGCAAGACUGAUAUUAUAAUUUAGGCAGAGAUUUUUCUUACAGAUAUUUCAAAACUUUUGUACCAUCUUCCUCAUAUUUAAAGAGCACAUAGAUGCUUUAUGAGAAUAUUGUAUAACAAAUCUGUAUUAGUAAUUCAAGGAAUUUAUUCAUUAGAGAUUUGUUAGCAGAAGACUCCAUAUUUGGAGCUCCCUGUGACAGGUAGAUAAUUGUUCUUCUAUAAAGCAAACAUUAUAUAGAGUGAAUGAUAGCCUAUGAUUAUCUCCUUACUGUGCUUCAGGAUAUUUGUUAUUACUCUCAGCUCUGUAGCGAUGGGUAAUAGAACCUCAUGUCUUCUUUAACAGCGUGUUACUGUAACUCAACAGUAUGUACUACCAGCCAAUUCCCCUGUCCCUUCAGAUUUCCUUGUCCUGCCCAAAAGCCCGAGUCAUACCUCGAGUUAUUUGUAUUGAAUACCCAUUUGUAUUUUCUUGUCACAAUGUUGUUUCUUAUGUUCUGUUUUACCUCCAGUAAAUGUACAGUUUUCACAGCACAAAAUGAAUGUGACUUAUUUCUAAUAAAAAAAAAACGUCUAUAUUACAAAAUCAA